AUGAAAGGCUCGGCCGCCGAUCCCGAGAAGCCAGCUCGAACCUGGGCAACGAUGGCAAAAUCCGGAAUUGUUUGCCGUGAUCCAGCUGGGGCUCGGGUUUUUCUUUAUUUUUGCCGCUUUCAAUACGCAGUCUUUCAUUGUCAUCCCGGUUAUUCGAAAUCUCGCCGAAGAAGGCCAAAUAGCUCCAGAUGCCGGAUA